GGCGUCACCACAGAAACACAGAUUCUUUUUAGCUCAGCAUUAAGUCCAACCUCCAAAUUUCCUUUUUCCUGUCUGAUAAACAGACCAGUAUCAGAAUGAGGUUUUUGUUGUAUUGCCAUCUUUUCACUGUGAUACAUACAGAUGGUGAUACAGACACGCUGAGAUGACAGCUUGCAGCUUCAACAUCUUCCUCAAAGUCACAAUUUAUCUGGGCUUCAUCUUACAAUUGAGCCAUGGCUUUGAGGUGAUUCAGCCAAAGAAUCGGACCGUAAACCCCGACGGGUCAGUCUCAGUCCCCUGUGAACACACCGCAGAUGUCAAGACUGUCGAAGAUGUUGGACUCAAAGCCGUAUCACUAACAAACAGGACAGAAAAACAACGGCUCUGCCGAAAAGGGAAGAAAGACUGUAAGAACAUCACCAUGCUUCAAGAGAAUCCCAAAAAGUGGCAUUUCAUCAUACUCAACAUUGGGCCACAGGCAAUGACCAUGACGUAUGAGUGUGAGUUCACGGUAAAAAUUGGUGAUCUAGAUUACACCAAGACAGGAACACCAACCACGCUGCUGCCAGGUCAAAAGGAAGGACCCUGCAUAAUUCACCCCACACCUCCUCCUGCGCCUCAUCAGCUCAGGUGGAUUCUGAUUGGUCUGCUGGCUCUGAUCUUUCUGUACAGCUUUGUCAUCACCUCCUUGUACAUCAGUCUGAGGUGUUGCUACCGAGAGCCUGAGAACUGCACCUAUGUAGAAAUGAGGAAAGCUCCUCAGCCAAGGAAUCCACCCAUGGACAUUUAUUGUGGGUAGCUGGCUCGUCUUUGGUCACCUCUGGUCUCAUGCUGAGUGUAAAGAAAGGGGACACACGCAGCUGGUAUCAUAGUCUCAAUCUUUUUUUAUUUGUUUUUUCUAAGUGAAUUGAACCUGUACUACUGAAGACAAACAGCAGGGUGAGACAAAGACUGUGUAGAGUGACCAUGUUUUCUGCUACUGUGCAUUAUGCACACUUUGAUAUUAGCUAUUGCAGUACAUUGGAUAGAAGUGCAUAUGUAAGAUUUAAUAUUAAUUUAACCCUUUUCAAUCUGUGCUUUCAACAUUCAACUUAGUGGAAGCUAUGUAAUGCUUACACUGAGUGAUUUCACGUACAUGAUGCUUCAACUUUGGUGUGCUAUGACAGUUUUACACUGUACAUAACUUUUUAUUAAACUAAAUGGUGUAUGGUGGUGAACAAGUGCCAGAGCAAAGUACACAUAAUAGUAGAGAGGAUAUAAGAAGAGGUUCCUAGAGAUAUCGUGGCCUGAAGAAGCAAAUACAUUUGAUCUUGCAAAAUUGAGGAAAAUAUAAAUGAUAAUUAAAAGGUUAACACCAGGGAAAUAGAGAACAGGAGGCGGGGAAGAAGGCAGAUAACAAAGUGAAUGAGAAUCUGCUCUUCUAUGAACCCGCAUCCUGCCACACCCCAAACCCCCCCAAUUGGAUUUAUUGUUGUCCUGAUGCAU